AUAAUUUAAUCAAAUAUGACGAACCUUCAACGCUGGCUUUUUUACGCAACGCUCUUCGCAGUGCCCUACCUCUCUGUAGUGCUGGGCACAGUGCAAACGCAGUUUACGAGCAAAUAUCUGCUGCACAUUCAGCUGUUGCCGCUGCUGCUGCUGGUUCUCUUUGGCCUGUACUCCGUGUGGACUGUGCUGUACCGGACAUUUACCUUCAACGAUUGCCCCGAGGCGGCAAAGGAACUGCAGGCUGAGAUUCUAGAGGCCCGCAAAGAUUUGAUUGCCAAGGGAUUUCGGUUUCGCGACUGAUGGAGUGGGCAACAUACUACGCUGAAACCUUGUGCAUGUUAAUUUGUAAUUCCAUUAAUUAUAAAAGUUGUAUAUGAAUGUA